UUUUUUUACGUGUGGCCUACGUCAUUGACUGGCACAUAAACACAGAUUCUACCUUUUGCUACAAUCAACUUCCUCCUUCCUCAGCUCAACUCCAAGAGGCAUUAAUCCAGGGAAAUGGCAUUGAUCUCAUUUGAGGACCUUGCAGCAUUGGAUGAUGAACAGCUGGAUGAUGAUGACAUCACAGACAGCUCUGAGCCAAUGGAUGAUGAAAAUGAAGACAGACUUCUUGCCCAUUGGCAGGCUGUGGGUCGGACCCACCAUGUGUCUGUUCCACGCGAAAUGACCGCACCCAUUGCUGAGAUGACCCGCAGGAAUCAGGAGACUGAGAGGGAGCCGGUGCCCUAUUCUGUUAUAUCGAAACGUGAAAAGCUGGGAGAUGUGAUUGAGGAGAGACUAUAUCCAGCAGGAAAGUGGGCAUGCAUCACCAAAUCAGAGAAAAUGUACGAGCAAAGCAUCUCUCUUGCCUUCAUGCAACUCAUGCGCUUUAUCUGCAAGGAGAGCUCUGCUGGCAAGUACUUGGGCAUGACUGUACCUGUGCUGGCUGAGUUUCAGUUGACAGAGAGCGGGACUGACUUUAUGAAAGAUGUGGUGACGGCCUACUACCUGCCUGCACAGUACCAGAGCAACCCACCUCAGCCCAAUGACCCUGAAAUCACCAUUUCUCAUAGAGGACCUAUGAGAGUCAUCACACAUGUGUUUUAUGGCACCACCACUGAGGAGACUGUGCAGCGGCAAAUUCAGCUGCUGUGGGAGUCACUUGGGGAGAUGGAGAAUGUCCAUCGCCACAACUACAUGGUAGCAACCUACGAGAAUCCAGGGGUUCCUGGACGCAGAAAUGAGAUCUGGUUUAUCCGUACAGAUCAAUAAGAGACCCCUCCAGUUGUACUGCAAUCAUUUUGUGGACCCCACGCAUUUGUAAGAUGUCCUACAACGAGUACCCUUCCCUACUCUCUGCCCAUGCCAGUUCCUCAGAGACAGCAUGAAUGCAUCAGGUGUGUUGUGGUUGGUCAGGCGUGUUAGUUGCUUUGAAGUGUACAUAGUUAUUGUGUGCUAAAUAUUUAUUUUAAUGAAUGGCCCACACAACCUUCAAAGCACGACUUAAUUGUAAGAUAAGACCAUAAGCCCAAUCCUUCUGUGAGAGCAUGAUUCUCUUUUAACUGUGUUUGCUACAUGAUGCCUGCACUUUGGUAAUGUUUUUAUCUUUGUCCCAAUUCCUGGGAUGACUCAGUGGCUACGAGUAAUACUUCUGACAAACGAGACUGCAGAUAUUAUUAUUGUUAUUAUUAUUAAUAAUUAGUAUUGUUAUUAUUUUCAAACCUGAUAAUUAUCAUUUCCUCUCUUUAUUCUUCUGUCCAAGAACAUUUCUUACCGGUGUCCCCAGCAGUAAGACAGUUGUUCUCCUUGUGGAAUCUCACUUCUUUUUAUACCUAUAUUGUUUAAAGUAAUCCUGGCACCGUCUCUACAGUUUGUCCUGACCAGUUAAAGGCCCUUCAGACCAAACCACUUUUCAACUGCAGACAGUAAGAGUGACUGCCCAUUCUCAAUUCACACUACACAGAUGGAGUCAUUUACAGGAUUGAAUACCUAGCUAAUGAUUGUUUUUACUAUACAAGAGAUGCACUUGUGGUGCUCUCCCCAGUACUUCAACUAGUACUGUCUGCGACUGAAAAGUUAUGUACUAAAUUACAAUGCUGGCCACUAGGUGGCAGAAUGGCCAUAAUAGUAAACCUCUGCCUUAAUGGUAAAUGUUACAUUUUUUCAAAGAGCAAAGACUAAUUUUUGAGCUGUCGAGCUGCGAGUUAUCUGCGGGGGAUGUCAAUUUCUUAUACAGGGGGAGCUGGGGGCUCUCAUAUCUGCUUCUUUGUGUCAUGUUGUGUUUGCAUUUGCAUUUUGUCAUAGUACCUUUUCCAUGUUGUAAUAGUGUUUUUACAAUGAUAUGGUUCUGUGUCACACCCUUUUGCUAGGUUGCUUGCUUUUUUAAUGUUGCAUCUGCUGUUCAGUGAUUGUAUGGUCUAACUGACUUUGCAGGGCAAUUACUGUAAUUAUUACAGCUGGUAAUGUAAACUGUGGCAUUAUGCAUUGUACUAUUUGAGAUAUGAAAUUGAAACAGGGAGCUGUUCAUAUUUUGUAUUUUUCUUUUGAAAAACAAUUAUGAUAAUUAAAAAAAAAACCUCUUAUGAAACUGAA